UUCACGCGAGCGGAUUCAAUUUGUGUAUGCGUUCGGCUCGGCGGACUGGGGCUGGGAUUGAGAUAGUGAUUGCGAUUGUAACAGUGAUUGUGAUUGUGAUUGCGUAGAGUAAACCUCUCUCGCCACGCGGUUUCGCAAGUCAGAGUCAACAGUCAACAAUCAACAAUCGAUCGAUCGAUUGACUGCCGAUGCAGUGGGCAGCGCUCACGCUGUGGGCAGUGCUCGGCUGCUGUUCCACGCAGGCGGAGCACCCUGCGCCGGAGCGCCAGGCCUGCGACAUUCCCAAUGAGACGAAGCGAGGCGUGUGCGUCCAGGUGAGCCAGUGCGCGGCCUAUCUACAGGUGCGAAAUGUCACCAAUCUGCCCGCCGAGAAGGUGAACUUCCUGAAGAAGGUGCAGUGCGAAAUGGAGAUACACGGGGAGGAGGAUUCCUAUGAGUCGCUCGUCUGCUGCCCGGCUAACGGGCAAGACUACCUCUUCCCGGUGCUGCAGUUCUCCAAGUUCGAGUACCGCCGCUUUCUCGACGUCACCGCCCGAUUCAAGCGGAAGAAGCUGAAGCGGCGCAUCCAUACGGUGGAGCCCAGCACGGGAUUCAAUCUGCUCAACGAGUGUGGCAAGCAGGUCACGAACCGCAUUUACGGUGGAGAGAUUGCCGAACUGGACGAGUAUCCCUGGCUGGCCCUCCUGGUGUACAAUUCAAAUGACUACGGUUGCAGUGGAGCACUGAUCGACGAUCGUCAUAUUCUGACUGCCGCCCACUGUGUCCAGGGCGAGGGAGUGCGUCAACGGCAAGGCCUAAAGCACGUUCGUCUGGGGGAAUUCAAUGUGAAGACCGAACCGGACUGCAUCGAGGAGCCCAAUUAUCUCAGCUGUGCGGAUGCUGCCCUGGACAUCGGAUACGAGCGGAUUCAUGUGCAUCCCGAGUACAAGGAGCACUCUAACUACAAAUUCAACGACAUAGCCAUCAUCCGGCUGAAGCAUCCAGUCUCCUUUACGCACUUCGUCAUGCCCAUCUGUCUGCCGAACAAUACUUCGCCUUUGCCCUUAGCAGAGGGCCAAAUGUUCUCCGUAUCCGGCUGGGGCCGAACGGAUCUUUUCAACAAGUACUUCAUCAACAUACACAGCCCCAUAAAGUUGAAGUUACGUAUCCCCUACGUCUCAAACGAGAACUGCACCAAGAUCUUGGACAUGUUCGGGGUGCGUCUGGGUCCCAAGCAGCUGUGUGCUGGAGGAGAGUACGCCAAGGACACGUGUGCCGGUGAUUCUGGAGGUCCACUCAUGUACUUUGAUCGCCAGCACUCGCGGUGGGUUGCCUAUGGGGUCGUCAGCUACGGAUUCACGCAGUGUGGCAUGGCCGGAAAGCCCGCUGUCUAUACGAACGUGGCCGAGUACACGGAUUGGAUCGCUGGCGUUUUGCAGCAGCAGCAGCAGUCAGCGAUCUCUUGACGUCAGAUUUCGGGGGCUCCAACAAUUGGCGCCUAAUGACAGCCCAGAUCUGUUUGUACAUAUUUUGCUAAUUAUCUAACAGAUAUCAACUAUUUGACUAAGCGUGGGAGUGAAUGAGUGUGAGUGCUACUUGGAAUGUGAGUGCGAGUGUGAGUGUGUGCGUGUGUGUCUGUGACUGUGCGCUAACAGAAGUCUGAAAAACAUGUUUCUAUUUAAAUAAACUACUGAAAAAUGUA